CUGCUCGAGACUUGUAUCAGCCCCAGCAGGAGAAGAGUACCUUCAUACUUACUUGUUGAUACUUACUUACUUCAGUCCGCCGGGUGGGCAGCCAAUUCCAGACGCCAGGCCACUGCCAGUUAUGUUUCGAACGCCGAUACGUCUAUACGCGUGUCCAUAAUAGCGACAAGCCUUCGCGAGUGGAUCGGAAACUUCCUUAUCGCUCGAUGUAAAAAGUGUAACGGUUGUCCUCUAUUGAUGGUCGUGUGAGUUUAAUUGGAAGGUUUAUUUGUUUUUUCGCUCGCGUUCUAGCUGAUAGCGAAGAGUGAAGGAAUCUCGAAAAGAUUAGUGCUUAACGGUUUAAAAAAAGCGCUGCAAAACAAAUCGAACCAUCGAUCAGAGUGUUCCAUCCGGGAGGGCACGAUCGAUUUGCUAAAACUGGAAUUCUCUGGAAGAGCGGCGAAGAAGAACCCUUAAGUCGGAGCUGAAGCGGGAUUGCUGACCUUCGAACAAAGAAAUUUGUAGCGCUAUCGUGGGAGUUUGCGUGUGUGCCUCAAUACAUAAACUGCGUCAUCAUCUUCAUCAGUGUCGAAAACCAAGAAAAAGCUGCUCAUUCGGCCAUCGGUGGCGGCGGCGGUUUUGGCGAAGCAACAACAGUCCUAUCAGAGAGGGAUCUGUCGGUUUUGGAAGAGGCCAAUAAUCCCGAACAGGAUGCCGGAAGUCGACGGGGUUAAGCAUGUGUUGGAGCUGGAGAAAGUGCUGCCACCGAAGAUCAUCGAAAUUGCCCGGAAGCAGGGCGAAGAUCCGGAGAAGACCUGCUGCUUGAUUCAGGACCUGCGGGAUAUGAUCUAUGAGCGAGGCGACUGCGAACCCCAUCGGGUGGAUGACGAAUACCUGAUCAAGUUCCUGCGAGCACGCUUCUGGAAGGUGGAGAACGCCUACAAACUGAUGUGCCGCUACUACACGUUCCGCGAGCAAAACCCCGAACUUCACGAAAAUGUCAACCCGAUGACGCUGCGUUCCCUCGGAGAGGACAACAUCAUCACCAUUUCGCCUUACCGAGAUCAGGAGGGCCGUCGAGUGUUGUACUUCAAAUUUGGCAACUGGCGCCCGUCCAAAAUUCCGGUGAACGACCUUUUUAAGGCGACCCUCCUGAUUCUGGAAGUGGGAUCUCUGGAACCAGCCUCGCAAGUGACUGGCGGAAUUGGUAUCAUGGAUUUGGAGGGUCUGUCGCUGAAUCACGCCUGGUACAUGAGUCCAUCGGUUGCCCAGAAAGUGAUCUCGCUGCUUGUGACUUCCAUGCCUCUCCGGACGACCGCGAUCCACAUCGUCAACCAGGGCUGGGUGUUCGAUACGGUGUUCCAGAUGUUCAAACCGCUGCUCAACGAUCGGAUGAGGGAGAAGCUGUUUUUCCACGGUUCGGACUUUGCCUCGCUUCAUAAGCACAUCGAUCCGGAAUAUCUGCCGGAAAGGUACGGCGGAACCAAGCCGGAAUAUUCGUACACCUACUGGUUGGACCAUCUGUGCCGGAACGAGCACGUGGUCCGGGAGCUGGAACAGCUGGGCUACGUGGCUGAUCCGGCAACCGAAGAGUGAUCCCGGGAUUUUCGGAUCUUUCCAAAGUGUCUGUGAUUGUGCCUUGAAUAUCGUCAACAUCAUACCGAUGGACUGCGCUGCUCAUACUUACUGAGUAGAUUUUUCAUGAGGGUUAACUUUUUUAAUAGUCUUUAGACAGGGGUUUUCCCUAGAGUAGCCUUUUAUAUGUAAACUUUUCAUAUGCUCUUUAUGAUUCCGAUCUAGGGAAAUGCCUAACGAUGAAUAUUUUUGUACAAAUAUAUUUAAUAUUAAUAUAAGUGAAUGAUAAAAAUUGUAUCGUUUGUUUUGAUGAGAAAAACGAGAAAGGUAAUGAGAAUGCAAUUCCGAUGAUUGUUUUUAUAUAGUCGAAUUUAUUGUAGGGAAGAAUUAAAAUCAUUGAAUAGGUGGCAAAAUAGAACGGUACUUUUUACGUAACACAUAAAAACACAUUUUUAACUUGACUUUGAAUUUUCAAACGUCUAUACUACUUAUUUAAAUUAUCUUUGGGCCACAUCUAUGAGGUUUAUGAAU